UUUGAGCUUCUGCACAAGAGCAAAGGCAGACACCAGCAUGGUAAAGUUUCUGCUGCUGGCUUUGGCAUUUGGUCUGGCCCAUGCUCAUGCUGAGAUUGAAGGAAAGUGGGUUACUACUGCAAUCGCUGCAGACAAUGCUGACAUAAUAGAAGAAGGAAGACCUAUGAGACUCUUUGUUCGUGAACUUGCUUGUACUGAGGCAUGUAAUAGAUUGGAAUUCACAUUUUAUAUCAAGGUGAAUGGACAAUGUACAACGACCAAAGUCAUUGCAAAUAGGCAAGCAGAUGGCCAGUACAGAGCCCAGUUUGAAGGUGACAAUAUAAUUGCACCUGUGUAUGUGACACCAGAAAUCAUAAUCUUUCUUGUUCAGAAUGUGGAUAGAACUGGCCGGACAACAAACCUGAUUUAUGUUCUUGGAAAAGGACAAUCUUUGACUUCUGUACAAUAUGAAAAACUUGAGGAAUUUGCCAAGGUCCAGAACAUUCCAAGAAAAAACAUUCAAGAUAUUCUGGCUACAGAUAUUUGUCCUAAAUAAUGACUUUCUCUAGAUAACAACAGGAUGAGAAUUAUACAUCAUGUCCUCUUGACCAUGGGAUCAGUAUCACAUUCAAAUCACCAUUUUUAAAUGAAUUUUCCCCUUUCUUGUAAAGUCUGGGUACCACAUUCCAAAUUCCUGACUUGCCUUUCCUUUUCCUUCCUAUUACCUAUGAGCUAUACUUACUUUUUGAAUGAUUAAAUAAAAUGUAUCAAGAAG